AUGUCCAUUAUCACACGAGAGAACUUUACCUCCAAUUUCCACCAUGACACAUAUCCAGUGCUGCAAGAACGACUGAAGAACGCAGACUUGGUGAACAAGGUCGCCUUCAUUACCGGAUCUGGCACAGGCAUUGGAGCGGCGACGGCACUGUCUUUCGCAAGAGCCGGGGCCACGGCUGUCUUUCUCUGUGGUCGGACGCCGUCGACUCUCGAGGAGACACAACAACGAAUAUCGCAGGAAUGUCCCCGUGCCAUUGUGGGCAAGUUUGUCUUCGAUGUCAGCGAGGGGCUCGACAAGGCUCGGCAGGUCUUCGCAGAGGCGUGCAAGAUCGCUGGCCGUCCGCUCGACAUUCUCGUGAACAACGCCGGGUAUAUCGCGUCAAUGCCUACGACACCGUCUCCGGACGGUGGCAACUGGGACUUUGAGAGGUACUGGAGACAUUUCGAGGUCAACGUCAAGGGUCCACUGGCCCUGGCUACCGCAUUCCUGGAACAUGCGUCGGAUCACCCAACCGUCCUGAACAUCUCGUCUGGGGCCGCCGUGAUUGAUUUCGUCGCCGGCCUGUCCGGCUACGCCGCCAGCAAAAUGGCCGCGUUGAAGAUGUUCAGCUACCUCUACCACGAACAGGCCCAGCGUGGCCUCAAGGUGUUUCAUGUCCACCCAGGGGUCGUGGCUACAGCAAUGGCCAAGGAAGGGAAUUCCGUCUGUGAUGACACCGCCGAACUCGCUGCCGACUUCUGCGUCUGGCUAAACGCUCCUGAGGCGGCGUUUCUUCAGAAUCGACUGUUGUACGUGAACUGGGAUGUUGAAGAGCUGCUGGCAAAGCGUGAGACCAUUGUAGCACAGGAUCUGUUGACGCCCGGUUUGCGCGGGUGGGACUCGACGGCUAUGUAG